GUUGAGCUGCAAGAUAAUCCCUUCGCCGGCGGAUUCCCCAACAUCAGCAAAUCCCGGAUCUCGUCUAAUCUUGGCCAGAGCAUCCUCUCGAACAAUCGCCUCUCUGGUCCUCUUCCUUCUUCUAUCGGUAAUUUCUUUGUUGUCCAGAUGUUUUUAAAAGACCAACACCUCUUCUCCGGCAACAUGCCGCCAGAGAUCGACCGGCUACAACAACUUUCUAGCGGUAACAUCUUUUCCGUUCAUAUUACUCGGGAGAUCAACAAGUGUAGUUUCCUUACCUUCAUAGACCUCAGCAGAAACAAUCUGUCAAAUGAGAUCCCUGAGGAGAUCACUGGAAUGCAGAUCUUGAACUAUCUCAACCUCUCCAGGAACCAAAUCGACAAAAGCAUUCCGCAAUCUAUAUCUUGGAUGCAGAGUCUAACGACCGUGGAUUUUCCUUACAAUGAUCUCUCUGGCCUCGCCCCAGGCACCGGUCAAUUCAGCAACUUCAACGCCCUUAUAUUAUGUAAAGCUGAGAGGAUAGGUGAGUCCCAAAGCCUAUGGACUUCAGUGGUGCCCAUAAGGAAUAUUGAAUUUAUCUUGAAUGUGGCAGAGGAGAAUGGAGAGAGCAAAUUAAUUGCUUAUGCUUAUUCAUCUAUGAUUGUUUGCUUGGGCAAUAAUGAUAAAGUAGCUGCCUAUGGUUCUGAUAUAAGCCUUCUAAAUGGAGAUGGCGGCAAUGAAACCAAAAUUAUUAUUCCCAGGUCAAAGGUACUCAUGCCG